GCAGCAACCAGCACAAACAAAUGCCCCAGUCACCAGUCCAAGUGACUUCUGGGACUACGAGGAGCAGGUGGACCUUGAGGCUUUCAGUUCCAGCACCUUCUAUGAAAUCCUGCUCAAGCACAGUGUGACUGUCACUGCCAGACUUGGGAAGCUCAGAGAAGAGGUAAAGCAGCUUUACCAAGGGGUGCUGGGAAAGCUGUGGGGACUCAAACUUGGCUGCACUAUAUUACCAGAGGACAAACUUAAGUGUUUGGAAAGGCAGGUGGAGCAAGAAAUAGCACGUAGAAAAGUUCUGGGCACUCAGUUGACCCAGCUGCUCGACAGCCAGCUUCAGAUCCUGCAAGCUGAGUUACAGCCCCAGCAUGACAUGCAUAAGGCCUUCACAGCAGGUCUUAGAGAAUGUUUCUGGCUGCUAACACUUGUUUCUGACAACCAAGCGUCUCUCUGGGAUAAGCCCAUACAGCAGUGUGUUAUGGAUCGAGUUGCUGUGUUGGCUGAGAAGAUGGCAGAGCUGGUGUUAGUGGAAGCCCAGAGACAGGGCUGCUGGACUUUACUUCAACAGGGUACUGGUGCCCAGCUUCUCUGCCCCACAUCUGGAGUAGCCCUAAGUAGAGAUGACAUUAUCGCACCUGAUGGGACUGUCCGGGCUUGUGACACUAUCCACGUAGAUCCCUUCACUGGCCUUAUCCAGCCAAUGCCGAAUGCACACAUGCUCCUUGCCAGUGGCCACAGCAUGCCUGUACCGUCUGACUUUUUCCUGCAUCCUCAGACGGGCCUGGUGCUACCCAUAGCUGGAAAUGUGGGCUUCGAUCCUGCCAGUUCCACCCUGGUCUACACGGCCGAUGCUUGUGUGGGUGAUUUGGGGAAAUGGGAGUCUCCCCUGCUGCGCUUUAUUCCUUACCCUCAGUCUCGCCACUCUGAGCUCUCGGUCCCCGCUAAGCUGAGGGCGCUUCGUCUGGGCCAAAGACUGGCGUUCGGAGAACCUAUGUGUGAUUAUGAAACUGGAGUGCUCGUCCCAAUCCUGGCAGUAACCAUACACCCCCAGACGGGAAUGGUGUAUCCGGUUGGUGGUGUUUAUGUGUGCCCUGUGUCACGUCUCCGGCAGCCCAUCCAGAUCGGUUGUCCCAUGCUGGACCCCCGCACAGGAAAUAUGGAGUGGUGCUGCCAGUCGGAGGCCCUCUGCUAG